AUGUACGCGGCAAAGCGGCGCGCGCCUGCCGACACAGAUACGUCGCGUGCAAGCAGCAUAUCAGUACACACACAUGCCUUUGAUACACAUCGUCGUGUAAGUAACGCGCAAACCGAAGCAUGCACGUCAAACGAAAGGAAGAAACACGCGAAACCUUUUGCGAGCGAUACGCCGUGGCCCGAGCGCAGCUGGCUGUACGAGCUAUUCCCGUUCCGAGGGAUGUGGAACGAUGUGCGCCGGCGCCUCCCGUACUAUCUCUCUGACUGGUAUGAUGGUUUGCGUCCGGCGAAUCUGACAAUUAUGACAAUAAGCGUCGUGCAAAUCUUUUUCAUCAACCUCAUACCGGCUAUUGCAUACGUGCUAGAUAUGUACGACCGCACAGACGGAUCAUAUGGUGUAAACGAAGUGAUCCUAGCGUCUGCACUGGCCUGCUUUGUUUUUUCCGUGUUUAGCUGUCAGCCGCUUACAUUUGUGGGCGUUACAGGGCUGACCAACUUGAUGAACUACACCGUGUACGAUAUUGCCCACAAACACUACGGACUCGAUAGGAUGGACUAUUUGCGCUUGCAAUGCUGGAUGGCCAUUUGGGCAGCCGGCUUCCAUUUCCUGAUCGCGGCCUUCAACAUGUGCGACUAUACGCGCUUCAUCACCGACAUGACUUCGACCACGUUUGGACUUUAUGUGGGGGUGAUUUACGUUGAAAAGGGGGUCGAGUUGCUGGUGCGCGAAUUUUCUCCUGCCCCACUGGACAAUGCGACGGGCUGGUUUUCUGUUAGCAUUGCCAUUCUCUUUUGCGUUACUGUGUACUACGCAACGCUCCUCGAGGCGUCCUCUUACCUUCCCUUUUCGGUGCGCCACGUUAUUGGAAAGCUCGCGUUUGCCGCUGGCUGCAUCUUCUGGACAGGAUUUUCCCAAAUUCCCGGGCACACGCUGAAAGAAGUGCCGGUAUCGCGACUCCCCAUCACACGCAGCUUCUUUCCGACACUGAAUCGGGCGUGGGUAGUAGAUUUUUGGGAGAGCGACGUGCGAUGGGUGUUUGUGGGUGCACCGCUUGGGUUCCUGCUCACGCUUUUGUUCUACUUUGAUCACAAUGUAUCGAGCGUGAUGGCGCAAGCGCGCAAGUACCCUAUUACCAAACCUGCAGGGUUCCACUGGGACUUUUUUCUGCUAGGCAUCACGACGCUUGUCUCUGGCAUCCUGGGGCUGCCAAUGCCCAAUGGGCUUGUGCCGCAAGCGCCUUUUAACACAGACUCGCUCACCGAGUACAACCAAGCCGAUGCCGCAGACACAGAUGCCAUCGGCAGCCGGUACAUUCCCGCGCCGUGGACAAAUGCAUCCAUGCUGCACACAACCUAUUUUCCGCAGCUCAUUAUUACACGCACAGUGCAGCAACGACUAAGCCACUUUGUCAUUUUUUUGCUUACCAUCGGCGCAAUGACACGACCAAUUUUGGUUGCACUCGGCACAAUGCCGCGUGCGGUAUUUGCUGGUGUGUUUCUUUUGGUAGGCUGGGGGUCGAUCGAGUCGAAUCCGAUCGUGCUGCGCACACUCUUGUUGCUGCAAGACCCGCGCGCGGUUCGCAUUCCAGAAAAGGACCGCCCCGCGCAUAUGCAAAUACCGCGCAAGCGCAUCCUUUGUUUUGUUGCAAUUCAGUGGGUAUUUUUUGGGCUCACCAUCGCAAUUUCACAAACCAUUGCUGCGAUUGGGUUCCCUGUACUUAUUAUUUUUAUGAUCCCAUGCAGAGUCUACUUGAUCCCGAAACUGUUUACGCAAGAGGAGCUCGACGUGCUCGAUGCACGCACGGCAGAUGCCCCGGCCGUCAUGGCCUCGCUUGGGCCCGACGCGCCCCCACACGAUCCCACGGACAGGACGUGUGCUACGAAAGGAAGAAAUAUGAAGCCUGCAACCACCACAUACACUCCCCCGGACCUCACACGAAAUUGGCCGACUCCGCUUGCCGAUAACGGCGAUGCUCGGCACGGCUCUCGCUUGGUUGAGACGUUUGAUACAGACAGCCAAGAAGGCGAUGCACUACCGAGCGCAGACGCGCCGCGGCCAAAGCGUCAUGCGCCAACUUUCAUACGCCGGGAAAGAGACAUCACUCCCAUUACCAUGAACCGACCUAUCUGCAAAACCGACACGCCAGACCCCUGGAUGAUCCAGUGGAAAGACAAUUUUUUGCUUACAUUCACACUGGGCAAUCGCAUUGAAAUCUGGUCCUCGCGCAAUGCGGAGAAUUUCAAACAUUGCGAGAAGACGCUCAUUUGGCGUCCCGAUGGAUCAGGCUGGGCGCCUGGCAUUUGGGCGCCUGAGCUGCACAACCUCAACGGUGUAUGGUAUGUGUACUUUAGCGGCGAGAAGCCAGGCCAAGGCGCUGCGUCACACCGCACCCUAGUCCUGCGCUCCCGCAGCCAGGACCCUUUGGACGCGAAAGCAUGGGAAUUUAUGGGCCCACUGCACGGGGUGCCAGACCACUGGGCAAUCGAUGCUACGGUGUUCUGCCUUGGACAGGAUAUGUAUUGCUGCUAUUCCGGCUGGCCCGUGGGCGACAACUCGGAUACGGAGCAGGACUUGUUCCUCGUCAAACUUUCCGACCCACUGCAUGCCAUCUCGGACACGCUGACUGUCAUUUCGCGCCCCACACUGCCGUGGGAGCGUCCCGACGGAGGUAAGCGCGGAGUGAACGAGGGUCCUACAUUUGUAAAGCUUAAUGGAUUCGUCGGGAUCGUGUACAGUGCGCACGGGAGCUGGACCUAUGAGUACAAACUUGGUCUGUUGGCGCUCGUCGGCAACAACCCCCUCGAUCCGAACGCCUGGAAGAAGCGCAAUGAUCCACUGCUUUCGUGUGAUCCGAAACGUGGAGGUCCCUAUGGCCCCGGCCACGCGUCGUUCAUCCCUUCGACCGACGGCAACCAAACACUGUGUAUCUUCCAUUGCACCGGCAAGAUUAAUGACGGCUGGGGCAAUCGCAAAGCGCAUGUUAUGCAGCUUCCUGCGUCUGAAUUCACCUUGGAUGCCCAGACCCAGUGCUGUUCAUCCGGUCGCAAAGGCGGCUUUGUUGGCAAGAUGAUCAACCGCAUUCGUUCUCUAUAA